CUCAGUGCUAGCAGAGUGAGCUGGACCUGGUGGCCGAGGCAUGGGAUGUGCUGGAUUACAACUAAUGCUGGAAUCGGUGGUUUUCAGCAACGCUGCUGCACCACGCUGGAGGAAGAGGGUUGUCCCAAAAGAUGCACUUUCCUUGGAGCCAUCCAGAUGGGCUGGUACAAAGAUACUGCUUCUGUAAAAAAAGUUCAGGGGAAAAAAAAAAAGCUCCUCCAGUGUUGUUUCCUGCAAAGACCAUUCUUAAGAGCUCGUUGGACAGCGCAGGACUCUUGAAGUGAUAGCUAAUUGGUGAAAGAAAGGCCCUGAUUGUCUUGAGGGAGCUGGAAAGUGCUGCGUGUGCUGCUGAAAGGGACUAGGGAGAAGGUGCCUGGUUUCGCUGAGCAGCUGCUGCUGGAGAUGUUUGGAGAUUACAUCAGCAUUGGAAAAGAGGGGCCAAAAAAAAAAAAAAAGUCCAACUUCACAGAGACGGAGUUUAUGGAGGUUUUUUUCUCCCUUCCAAAGGUCUUCUGACAAUACUGUCAUUGUCAAUAUAAGAGUUGUUAAUUCUUUAUGAAUAGCACAUGGGGCCUCUUGACUAAAUAGUACGUUACAUGUCCCAAAUCUGUCAGCUGGACUCUUCUCUCACAUGCUAGUGAGAUCACUUUGAUUGGAAUGUUAGAGGAAUUGCUGGGCUGGCCAUGCAGAACUGAAUACUGCAUUAUAUAAUUAGAUCUCCCAGAGUAUUUUUUUUCACAUUACCUCUUUAUGCUAGCUUAAAUAUGGAAUCAGUCCUUUUGAUGGUUUUACUGGUUGUAAUUAUAUUAAUACGAUUCAUUUUGUGGUCCUGUCUUAGUGCUUAUAUAGAUUAUAAACUGUCCCAAAGGUUUCCUGGCACAAAAAAAGAGGACUAAGAGACUUCAAAAGGCUCGUUCAGGUUUGAAUUGACAAUGGGGAGAGCUGGGUAAGGUAAAUGGAGCUAGAGCAGCUUUUACCUUGGGAUCUGAUGAGAGAGAAAUGACCUCUUGAGACUGCAGCUGAGUGAAGAUACUUCAGAAAGCCUUAUGCUGACAGAGGGGAAGGAAUGACAACUGAUUGAGUCAAAUGACUUCCUAUCCAACUUGGGCAUGAAUUUGCUGUUGGGAACAGACUUGUGGACUUCUGCCAAUUAAAUGGUGUGGACAGGCUGGAAGGAACCCUCUUGCUGGGCAGUCCAAGAGUGCUCAGUGUCCACAUGCCACACUGUGGGCUGGCAGGAGCAGAUUUUUACCUGGCUGGUUGAUCUGUUACCAAAUUCCUCAUGGCUCUUCCCAGCCAGUUAGAUCUGAAACUGACUGAAGGAUUUUGGCUGAUCACAACCUGUCAAAUAUCCACAUUUCUUAGCAAGUGAUGUAUAUGUGUACCAGUACAAGGUGGAUACCGCUGGAAUAAUCUGUUCCAUGGAAGACAGAUUUGUGUCUCAGAGGAUGUCUGAUGGACUCUGGCUGUGCUUCAGCACCAGCAACGGGUGGGGUGACAACACGAGUGAGUUUUGAUACCAAAGCCCUGCAAGUGACCUUCAUGUCUAGCCUGAAAUAAGCACCCUACAAGGACACUGAAGGAUUUGACUACUUGCCCAAGGACAAUGUGACUUCGGAUUUCGUGGUUUAACUUACGUGGCAAAAGGAAGCAAAUUUUUUCAAAUGAACUGUCUUCUUUAAAAACAGGUGUUGUAUCAAGUCAAACAACCUAAAUCUUACUGCAACUCAGUGUAAUACUGUCAUUAAGAAUUGAAUUUUUCUACAGUAAAGAUAGGAAAUUCAUAUUAACUUGCCCAAGAAGUGCACUAUCCUUGGCCUAGUCACUCUUUAAUUUUUUUUAAAUCCUUUUUUUGUUUCAUCAUUUUCUAUCUCAUGUGAAAGGGAAGGUUACCACUUCAUAUACUUAUUUUUAAAUCUCUCAGUAGCUCACAUGAUGAUAUCAGAGUUCAUCUAGAUAAAAGCCUACAGUAUUCUCAUACAGAGUUUCUGGCCCAUUCUUGACUCACAUACUCCUAAAGGCUUGUCAUUAGUAACUGCUCAUCAGCCCUUGCAAUUUUGUCUUUUAGAGCCUCCUAAAAAUCAGACAUGAGAGCUGGUAUGUGCUUAGGCAGUGAAGCAGGGUAAAUGUCAGGUCAAUUGAUUUCAGCAUCAGAUUUUAUUUAUGGUGGAUGACCAAUCUACAAAACAGCCUGUAAUGCUUGAAGGUGCAUGUCAUGGGCUUGAAAUCCUGCCAGACAACAAUAAAUUAUAUGUAAAUGUAACUAAGCCCUUGUCUGUUUCUCUGAUUCUUAAUUUUAAUGAUAGUUCUGUCCAUUUUUUGUUUCUCCAACACCACCAAACCACAAAAGGAAAGUGGGAUGUUGUCUACUUGAUGUGCCGACAUACCUUUUAUAAUGAG